AUGUCGUACGGCGACGAGGAUUGCGGAGAGGAGACAGCGAAUAUCGGUCUCUGGACGGUAAUAGACAAUGUGAAUGACAGGCUCGCCAACUUGGAACGAAUGCUGGAGGAUUUCGUCAACAACCAGACCGGCCACAGCUCGAACGACUCCCCAUCGACUUCCUCGGGGGGCCGGACGCUCUCGGCUCCUCGCGACAGCCAACUGGUCUGGCGAGACUUGGAUUACGAGGGCGAUUCCUCCUUCAGUGCCCAUUUGAAGGACAUCACUCAAGUCAUCGAGACCGGGUUGAAGACUUCGUCCGAUGCCGACUCGAUCGCAGACAUUGCGGCCGUGGUUGCAACACUGAGGAGCGUCCUGAACGAAAAGCCCUCGUCCUUUGACACAUCAGCGCCACUCCAGAAUACCGUGAGAGAUGUGGUCGACUAUCCCGAGCUGAAAGACUUGACGCUGCCUCCUAUGACGACCGUCCUCAGCCUCUUGAGAUAUGCGAAGACACAUCCUCUGAAAUAUCUAAACGACGUUCCGAAUCUGACCCUGCCAUACCUCACCUCGCUGUGUCAGAAGGUCUAUUUCCCGGCCGAAGAGUUCACUAUCGCCACUUUCAUCACUGUACAUGUGUGCCUCUUGAACCUGUUCAGAGAGCUGUGUCAGUCCGAACUUCGAGAUCUGGACCUGUCAGGCGCCGAGCGGGAUCGCAUUGUGGCCAUCUGUCUGAAGAAUGCCGAGGCUGCCAUUCGGAAUUUGAGACUAUAUAUGCAGCCAACCUACGAGAACAUUGAAGCCUUGGUACAAGGGUCUACCUUAGCCAUGGACUUAUCACAGGCAUCCCUCGCGUGGACACUAAUCACCUCAGCAGGGCGAAUGGCUCUGGAUGCCGGCUACCACCGUCUACCGCCCUAUUCGGUGGCCCCCGAAGCGACCGAGAAACGGCGCCUCUUUUGGUUUCUGUACUGCGUGGAACGAGGCAUGGCGCUCAAUCUCGGACGCACACCCUCCAUGCCAGACUAUGACAUCCUAACCGACCGACCGAAGUUCCCGGAGGAAGUCCACGGCGUAUGGGGAGCCAUGUUCAACAGCUGGUUCGACUUUGCCAAAGUCCAAGGCGACAUCUAUGAUCAACUCUACAGUGCACAGGGGCAGAAACAAUCCGUGGAAGUCAAGGCCGAGCUCGCGCGGAAGUUGGCUGCCCGGCUCCAAGAGGUCCAGAAGAGCUUCACAUUCGACGACGAUCAGCUGGCCGACGAGCCAUUCGGCUCUUUCCUCAAGGAAGGUUUGCUAUCCAUCGAGAUCGUGCAGUAUUCCACCCUGUGUCUCGUCUACCGCAUGAUCCCACCCGCACCGUCAGCGACAGCGACACCAGUCCAUCCGCUCAAAUUCUGCGACGAGGCCAUCGAGACAGCGCGGAAAGCAUUAAACACGCAUAACAGGGCGUGGAGCAUCCUGCACACGCGUUCCAAGGAGGAAUGGCGCAUGUUUAUCCACUGGACGCUCCUUUGGUGCCCCUUCAUCCCGUACAUCGUGCUGGUCGGCACCGUCAUCGCGGACCGCAACGUCGACGACCUCCGACUGCUCGAAAAGUGCGUCGACACCCUGCACAGCGCGGCCCAGCUGUCCGCCAGCGUGAGCAAGCUGUACCGCGCAUGCCGGAUCUUCUACCAGAUCGCAAAGACCUACAUGAGCCGUCCGGCCGAGAGCCGUCCACCUGUGCCCGACGCGCGAGCCUCUGCGAUUGUCCCCUCAAACACGUCCCCGCAGGCUCAAUACACGACGACGUACGCACCAGACCCUGCAAGCGACAUUGAUCUUCCGGACUUCCCGCUCUCCCAGGAGGAUUGGAACGGCAUGCUGGACGAGUGGGAUCUCGGCCUCGGUGCCGAAAAUGCUAGAGAGAUGUCUGCCUAUUUUGAGCAGUAUUUGUCGGGCAGCAACGCUGGGGGCGGCAGGUCCGAAUAUAUUCUACCUGGGCAUAUGCCGGGGAGCAUGCCGUAG